AUGUCAUCCCUGGUCUUCAUGUACACAGAUGAGCGACUUUGUCCUUUGGCCAACAAUGUGCUUCUCACGGCACUUAUUCCAUCAAUGGACUAUCGCAUUGUCCCGUUCAUCAUGACACCCUACCUAGGCUCUAUUCCUGGAAGAUAUAUUGUCCGACGUAAUUUGGCUUGGUCAAGAACGUUGAAGAAAGUGUGGUUCGCUCCUCCAAAUUGGGUCUUUGCCCCCGUGUGGAAUUGCCUAUACAUUGCAAUGGGGACCGCUUCCUAUCUGGUCUGGCGUGACAGUACGUCAGACACUGUUCGGCUCCCUCUAACCAUUUACGGUUUACACCUUUUGCUGAACUGGUCAUGGACCGCGGUCUUCUUUGGUGCGCACAAGCUUAAACUUCCUUUCGUUUUACCCCUAUUUUCUCUUCGUUUCAGCAACAUGUUUGACUAUCGAGCCAUCCCGUUUGUUGUUACUCCACUCCUGGGCAGUUUCGCUGGCGCCCGAAUCGUCGGUCGCAACAUGGCCUGGUACGACACGCUCAAACGACCCAGUUUUGCUCCCCCCAAGUGGGUGUUUGGUCCGGUUUGGACCUUUUUGUACGCCUCUAUGGGGACUGCGUCUUACCUGGUCUGGCGCGAUGCUGCCCCGGAUGAGGCGAAUCUCCCGUUGGCCGUGUACGGUCUUCACUUGCUGGCCAAUUGGGCCUGGACCCCAGUGUUUUUUGGCGCUCAUAAACUUAAAGAGAGUUGUGUCGUCAUUGUUGCAGUUCUUGGAGGUGCGAUCGCUUCGGCUGUGCUGUUUCGUCCCAUCAACCAGCUGGCCAGCAAUUUGAUGCUUCCCUACAUUGCAUGGCUCUCGUAUGCGAGCAUGGUCAAUUUCGCCACAGCCGCGAUAAACUAAACGGACGCAGACCUGUAGCUCGAUGGACUUUGUCGACCAAUAGCAAGGGUUCUCAUCAUUAAUCUGUUGUUUUUACAGUACAUUCGUCCUCAUUCACACAAUCUAGUUAGUUGAUUUUUAUCAAUCCCCAUUUCGUUCCAUUUUUCCAAGUAGUGCUUUUAUUGUUUUUACUCUAAAUUUCUACGAGGUCACCUGUUCACAUGUGCACAAUCUGUUUGCCUUUUGUUUUUCAACAAACAACUUUCUCAGGUCUUUUUUUUAAAAAAAUAGCAUUUUGGGAUUUUACUACUGUAUCUUUAGUGUCAUUGCCGAUUGACCGAAAAACCGACUUCUGGCAAAGACAUCGUUUACUUUCGCAUACAAAGGUACUCCUGGUUUUUUUUUUUCUGAAGUUGAUUUUUUUCUCAAUUUAGUGUUCGCUAAUUCGGCCUUGUAACCCCUAUUCGUUCUCCAAAUCAGGGUUUAGCUGUAACCUUCACCGGAGCUACCUCUUUGUGAUCCUGUCUUUUUUCAUACGUUUCGUAAUACACACCUGUGGGUCCUUUUA